GCGCCGUUCUUCCGUCGGCCAUUUUAGGUGGUCCGCGGCGGCGCCAUUAAAGCGAGGAGGAGGCGAGAGUGGCCGCCGCUGCGCCUUCAUCGUUUUCCAGCGCGGCCGGCGGGGGAAGAGUGCGAGUGCGCGCCGCGCGAGAGCGGGAGGCGAGGCGGGCAGGCCGGGGACGAGGCGCCGGAGCCCUUGCAGCCACGCGCGCGCCUUGUCUUGUGUGCCUCGCGAGGUAGAGCGGACGCGCGGCGGCGGCGGGGAUCACUUUGCUGCUAGUUUCGGUUCGCGGCGGCGGCGGUGGGUGUCGUCUCGGCGGCGGCGGCGGCAGCAGCGCUAUGUCGGAGGAGCAGUUCGGAGGGGACGGGGCGGCGGCGGCGGCCACGGCGGCGGUAGGCGGCUCGGCGGGCGAGCAGGAGGGAGCCAUGGUGGCGGCGGCGGCGGCGCCGGGGGCAGCGGCGGCGGGAAGCGGGAGCGGCGGCGGCUCCGCGGCCGGAGGCACCGAGGGAAGCAGCGCCGAGGCCGAGGGGGCGAAGAUCGACGCCAGUAAGAACGAGGAGGAUGAAGGCCAUUCAAACUCCUCCCCACGACACACUGAAGCAGCGACGGCACAGCGGGAAGAAUGGAAAAUGUUUAUAGGAGGCCUUAGCUGGGACACUACAAAGAAAGAUCUGAAGGACUACUUUUCCAAAUUUGGUGAAGUUGUAGACUGCACUCUGAAGUUAGAUCCUAUCACAGGGCGAUCAAGGGGUUUUGGCUUUGUGCUAUUUAAAGAGUCGGAGAGUGUAGAUAAGGUCAUGGAUCAGAAAGAACAUAAAUUGAAUGGGAAAGUCAUUGAUCCUAAAAGGGCCAAAGCCAUGAAAACAAAAGAGCCCGUCAAAAAAAUUUUUGUUGGUGGCCUUUCUCCAGAUACACCAGAAGAGAAAAUAAGAGAGUAUUUUGGUGGUUUUGGUGAGGUGGAAUCCAUAGAGCUCCCCAUGGACAACAAGACCAAUAAGAGGCGUGGGUUCUGUUUUAUUACCUUUAAGGAAGAGGAACCAGUGAAGAAGAUAAUGGAAAAGAAAUACCACAAUGUUGGUCUUAGUAAAUGUGAAAUAAAAGUAGCCAUGUCGAAGGAACAGUAUCAGCAACAGCAGCAGUGGGGAUCUAGAGGAGGGUUUGCAGGAAGAGCUCGUGGAAGAGGUGGUGGCCCCAGUCAAAACUGGAACCAGGGAUAUAGUAACUAUUGGAAUCAAGGCUAUGGCAACUAUGGAUAUAACAGCCAAGGUUACGGUGGUUAUGGAGGAUAUGACUACACUGGUUACAACAACUACUAUGGAUAUGGUGAUUAUAGCAAUCAGCAGAGUGGUUAUGGGAAAGUAUCCAGGCGAGGUGGUCAUCAAAAUAGCUACAAACCAUACUAAAUUAUUCCAUUUGCAACUUAUCCCAACAGGCUUUUACUGAUAGGAUAAUCCUGUAAUCUCAAUCCUGGGAAGGCUGAAGUGGAUUCAUUGAGCUCAUUUCAAGGCUGACCUGAACAUUGGCAAGAACCCAACUCAGGAAGACAGAACACCAAAGGCAUUUUGCUUUACAUCUUAUUGCUUGGACUUCUUCCUGUUGAGAAUUUUCAUCAGAUGCUAAGUGAUAAGAAUGAACCUCUAGAUAGAUAUUUUUAUACUCUGGUUAGGCUUGCGUGAGUUUCCACGCUGCCUGAAGGGUGAGCAUCUGGGUUGCGGUGUUCUCAUCUCAAAGAGGGAAGAAGGCAGAUGUGUUCAAAAAACCAUUGCAACUGCUUUAGACACUAGUUUCUUGCCAGAAUGAGAGUCCGUUGGGUGCUGGAAGAUCUGGCGGUCUUGAGUGACGUCAGACUUUAAACCAGUCCUUGGUUUUGUUCAUUACCAUAUGUGUACCAGUGCUUGGGCUACCACAUCUGUCAUUGGGGGCUCUGUAGGGGUAUUUUGAAAUCCCCUCUAUGCUCACAGAAAACUGUUUUCUUAACAUUUGUUCAUAAACUCUUAAACUUAGCUUAUUUCCUCUUACUUGUCCCCCACUGUCCACAUUUUUAAAAAAUGCCUGCUAUUCAGUAGAAUUUCAAUAAAGUUGGUUGUGUGUGUGUUGUACAUGGUUAGUGGUGAAAAGCUUGAGGGAAGGAAAUGAGGCAGGAAAAUUAAAUGUUGACAGCUCAUUACCCUUUUAGAAUUGGAGUUCAGUAUAGAAACUCUUUCUUGGUAGACUGUUAGGUAGCUUUGAUUUUUAUUUCUGGGUAGAACUGUAUUGCCAAUCCCGAGUCAGUUUUGUAUCUUGGUUUACUAGGUAUCUACUACCAGGUGAGUUUACUUCUCUUCCUGGGGUUCUGUUUCUCCUUUUUAAAAAUUCUUUGCCUAAACUUAGUGUGUAUUAGAGUCAGGCCAUGUAGCCAUAUCUAUCCUUUGGGCACUGGGCGACUCUUAAUUCAUUGUAUGCUGUUCCCAAGUUAGAAUUCAGGGUGUUGUGGAGAUGGCAGCUCAUCUUGAGUAAGGUUGUUAUACUUUUAUGCUUGGAAUGUUUCCUUAGUUAAGACUACCUUGUGCUUUGCAUUUUGUGUUUCGGAUGUUGAGGUAUUAGGAUUCUUGACAACCAGAAGGGUUGAACCCAGUAUCUAGCACAGUUUGAUUAUGAACAUAAUGCCUGCAUUGUUAAACUCUCUAGGUCCAUGCUUAAUACAGUAAUAAUGAAGUUAAUUUAUUUUGGAACAAUUUCCUAAUAGUGCAAUAGAUUGCUUUUUCUUUUUUUUUUAAACUAAUUUUUGGCAAGGCUGAAAGAUAACGGUACAUCUUUUAUUCAUUGCUGGCCACUUUAAAGCUGUUAACAGUUUAGCAGAGUUUAGACCUCUUGUCUGAAAAUUUCCUUGGGUAAAGUGAUUCUAGCCAGUUAAAUACACAAUUGUGCAAAUUCAAUUUGCUGUCGUUGAAUUUGCCCUUAGUUGCCUGUAAUCUAGUAAUCGGGGGAAGGGUGAUUAUAAUGUACUUCAUAGAGGUGUGUAGGCCAUCUACAUAUGUGAAUUGUAAGGCAGUGUUGCCUGGGAUUCUUUAUUUCACAUAAACUCCCUUUAGCUAUGCUAAUGUAUUAAAAACCUUAACUCAAAGAUAGAAUAAACAUGUUGUUCCAUAAGGUGGUCUAGUUUUUGCUUUUAUCUCGUAUAAAGACAAAGUUAUUUUUAUAAAGUAAUUCUACAUCUAGCAUGGAAGAAUAAUUCAGAAGAUUGUUAGCAUUCUAGUGAGUAUACAAGUGACAGCGGCAGUAAGUGGCCGUAGUUGGGAACACACUGACUUGUGGUUUUUAAAUUCUCUACAGUCAGUACUGUUUGUACCUCAACCCUCUCAUCAAUGACGUGAGUCAUCCAUUACAUUUAUGAAUUAACCACUGGCUGACUGAAAUUGCCUUGCUGGAGUUGGGCUGGUUAUGUUUUUACCCUCUUGUCCUGAGCACCUUAGAGUCUUAAGGAUGUUUGGUUGUGGCAACUUUAAUGUAAAUGGCCUUAGAUAAUCUGAGAGUCAUGUGAUUUAGGAAGGUGAAGGGAAAAGAAUUUAGGAAAUUGCAUUAGGGCCUGGGCACGUGCCUAAGGAGGGAAGCCCUGGGUUCAUUCCCCAGUUAAAGAAAGAGCAAGUACGAUGUUUCAAAAUUAGAUUCUAUAUAAAGGGAAGGUGUUAAAGUAGUCCAAAUUUGUUACUUUAAACUUAAAGUGGGAGGGAGGGAUUUUCAUUAACUAUAGUGAUUAAGGUUUUAGAAUUCUAUUUUGGGAAACUUGAUGUUUGGCAGCAACUCUUCAAAGUUAAUUUGUAUCUAUUUGUAAUUGGAUUGGUUGUAUUCUGUUUGCACUCGAGAAUUCGAAGGCAAGGUUACUUCCUUUACUUUAAUUGCUUUUAGAAAGAAAAUACUGGAAGAAACUUACGAGAUUUGUUAACGCCAGUACUUGAAUGUGACAUUUAACAUGUCAUGGAAACUGCUUUAAAUAAAUACUUGAAAAGGAAUUACAUAAUUGCCUUUUUUUUGUUGUUGUUGUAUGAAUGAGCGUGAUUAUAUGGAGCUUAAUCACAUUUUUUCAUAAAGCUGGUAUGAGACUAAAAUGGAAUCCUUACUAAAUUUUGGAAGAUGGCCUUUUGAGUAUUACAGUAGAGAUAUGGCUAACUAAGUAAAUAAAACUUGGAACCAGAAACUUGUAAAUGACUUCCACAAUCACUGAUCUAUAAAGCAUGCUACUGCCAAUCAGUUCUAUGUAUUAAGACCUGUCAGCAUGUCUUUUUUAGUCUGUGGUUGACUUCAUUUUAAACUAUAAGAUGUCCUCUGUACCAUUUAACAUUUUCAGAAGUUAUUCUUCCUGGGCAAAUUCUGUCGGGACUGUUUCCAUUGUAGAGACUUCCUUAUAGAUUCUUCAAAUGGAGCUUACAGUGGACUUUCACGGGGUUUUAAUUUUUUGCACUAAAUUUUAUUUUCUGAAAGAUCACUUAAUGUUUAUAAUGUAGUGCUUUGUCUUAACAAUUAAACUUUUAUAGCACUCA